GGCGUUGUAAGUUUGGAGGCAAUCUCACAGAAAGAAUCCACCACCUUUCGCUCUCUUCCUCUCUGAGCAAUCUGACAAACUCCUCCGACCCGGCCGUUGCCUUCGCCUCCCUCCCGGGGGACGUCGACGACGGCCCACCGGCCACUAUGAUUCUCUCUAGAGAUCCCGCCGCCAUCUUCAGCGGCGGCGGUAUCAGCUUUCUCACUGGUGAUCAAAACGCAAGAUUCAGCUAUGGGUAUUCCAGUUUCAAGGGUAAAAGGCCUUCCAUGGAGGAUUUCUACGAGACUAGAAUAUCAGAGGUUGAUGGUCAUAUGGUAGCCUUCUUUGGUGUUUUUGAUGGUCAUGGAGGUUCAAGAACCGCGGAAUACCUCAAAAACAAUCUUUUCAAGAAUUUAAGUAGCCACCCAGAUUUCAUCAAAGAUACAAAGUCAGCCAUUGCUGAAGUAUUUAGAAAGACUGAUGCUGAUUAUCUCAAUGAAGAGAAAGGUCAGGCAAGAGAUGCUGGCUCAACUGCCUCAACUGCUGUACUCGUUGGUGACCGGAUGCUUGUUGCAAAUGUGGGAGAUUCUAGAGUGGUUGCUUGUAGAGCUGGUUCAGCUAUCCCACUGUCCACUGAUCACAAACCUGAUAGAUCUGAUGAACGCCAAAGGAUUGAAGAUGCUGGAGGUUUCGUUAUUUGGGCAGGAACCUGGCGGGUUGGUGGUGUUCUUGCUGUUUCUCGUGCAUUUGGGGAUAAACUUCUUAAGGCAUAUGUUGUUGCCGAUCCAGAAAUUCAGGAAGAAGAAAUUGAUGGUGUAGAUUUUAUAAUUAUUGCAAGUGAUGGACUUUGGAAUGUCUUCUCAAAUAAGGAGGCCGUGGCUAUAGUGCAGGACAUUAUGGAUGCAGAAGCAGCAUCAAGAAAACUUAUACAUGAGGCUUAUGCACGAGGGAGCUCUGACAACAUUACUUGCAUUGUAGUCCGAUUCAAGAACUCAUGAGAACAUGUCGAGGUAAGGGGCUGGAGAAUGGGGAAACUGCAAUAUUUGCUUGAAGUUAGUAUAACAGUUGAGUUGUCCAAGUUAUGGGUCCUACUAAGGGCCUUAGUCUGUGUCGUGAUUAUUGGCUUUGUUGCAUCCAUAUAAUUCUAAUCUGCUCUGAAAAUGCAAGCUUGGUUUACUGGUUUGUUAUCAACACAUCCUCAUAACUGUAUAAACCAACUGUUGUGCAUUUGGGUAUUUGACAUCCCCAAUUCUCCUUUCA